AGAAGCGUUUCUCUGGGUUAAUGAAACUCGCCCAUAUUAUCGGUCUGGUCCAUGGAAUGGCCAGAUUUUUAUUGGGUCGCCCUUUAUGUCAAGUGGAUAUCUAUAUGGAUGUAGUGUGGUGAAUGAAGAAGAUGGAACCUUUUAAUCUUACUUAUAAUUUCCCAAAUCAAUCUUACUUUGGAAUCUUGACCUUGAAUCCACAGGGCCAACUUGCAUGGGUAUGGUGGAACCACGAAAAGUUAGGAAGUAGGGGUGUGUCGGAAUCAACUUCUUGUGAUCCUUAUGGCUAUUGUGGGGCAUUUGGAAGCUGCAAUUGGAAGAGCUCACCAUUAUGCAGCUGCUUGAGUGGAUAUGAACCAAAAAAUGUACAAGAGUGGAAUAGAAAAAAUUGGACUAGUGGGUGUGUAAGGAAGGAGCCAAUUCAAUGUGGGAGACUAAAAAAUGGAAGUGUAGUCAGCAAAGAUGGGUUUUUGAAACUUGAGAAUAUGAAAGUGCCAGACUUUGUAGAGAGGUCAGAAUCUUUGGAAGAUGAGUGCAGAGCACAGUGCCUUGGAAAUUGCUUUUGUGUUGCAUAUGCAUAUGACAGGGGCAUUGGGUGCAUGUUUUGGAGCAGAGAUUUGAUCGACACACAGAAAUUUUCAAGUGGUGGAGUUGAUCUUUACAUUCGUCUGCCCCCUUCAGAACUCGAAAAACAUUCUUUAUUUAAAAGAAAACACAAGACAUUGAUAGUUCCAGUUGGAGUGACUAUAGGAAUGAUUACCUUGGUUGGCUGUGCUUAUCUCUUGUGGAAAUGGACCGCUAAAUCAAUAGGAAAAAUAUACUUAAAAAGGCCGAAAAUGAAAGAGGAUCAGGAACAAGUCAAACUCAAUGACGAGGUACCGCUUUUUAAUUUUGACGAGCUGGCAAAAGCUACCAACAAUUUUAACACAACCCACGUACUUGGUCAAGGAGGCUUUGGUUUAGUAUAUAAGGGACAGUUGAAAGGUGGACAAGAAAUAGCAGUAAAAAGACUUUCAAAAACAUCUGGGCAAGGGUUAGAAGAAUGUAUGAACGAGGUAUUAGUGAUUUCAAAGCUUCAACAUCGCAAUCUUGUGAGACUUCUUGGCUGCUGUAUUCAACAUGAGGAAAAUAUGUUGAUAUAUGAGUACAUGCCUAACAAGAGUUUGGACGUAAUACUAUUUGAUCCAGUAAGAAAAAGGGAUCUAGAUUGGCCAAAACGCUUCAAUAUAAUUGAAGGAAUCUCCCGAGGUUUGCUUUAUCUCCACAGAGAUUCUAGACUAAAAAUUAUACAUAGAGAUUUAAAGCUUAGUAACAUCUUGUUGGAUGGAGAGCUAAAUCCAAAAAUAUCAGACUUUGGUCUGGCUAGAAUCUUUGGAGGCAAUGAUAUACAAGCUAAUACUAAAAGGAUUGUUGGAACGUUCGGCUAUAUCCCUCCAGAAUAUGCAUUUCGAGGAUUGUUUUCAGAGAAAUCUGAUGUUUUUAGCUUUGGAGUCUUGUUGCUGGAGAUUAUUAGUGGGAGAAAAAUCAGUAGCUAUUAUGAUAAUGACCACUCAUUGAGUCUCUUAGGAUUCGCUUGGAAAUUAUGGAAUGAAAAGAACAUCUCAUCUCUGAUAGACCCAGAGAUAUGCAAUCCAAAUAAUGUGAAUGACAUAGUGAGAUGCAUGCACAUUGGGCUUCUGUGUUUGCAAGAGCUUGCAAAAGAGAGGCCAACUGUGGCUAUAGUAGUUUCAAUGCUUAAUAGCGAGAUCGUUAAUCUUCCUCCCCCAUCCCACCCCCCAUUCAUCGAAAAGCAAAUUAUAUGGUGUGCAGAGUCAUCUCAGCAGAAUCUCAGAACGUCCUCCAUCAACAAUGUUACUGUCACAGACAUGCAAGGAAGGUAG